GGGCGGUUCAGGGGCAGAUGCAGUGGCCUGGAGGGAGGUGAUAGCAUGAAAUUCCCUAACCUAACACAGCUUUGGGGACUGGAGGGGAGGGAGAAGAAAAAGGUGUCAUGAACAGAGAAGUAGAUCUGCUUCCUUCCUGUUCCCCAUGUGCCCUGUUUCCCUCCCCAUGGGUUUGGCUGCUAGAAUGAUCUCUGGAGGCGGAUCCCAUGUCGGAAUCCUGCCUCUUUCCCUUCCCUUCUCUCUCCUCUCCUCUCCACCCAUCCGGCCGGUGCUGGGGCCCCAAAGGGCAUUGCCCCCGGCGGAGCUGGCGUCUGGUUAAUCAUUUAGCUGGAAGCCCGCAGCACCUGGCCCCUCGAGGACUUCUUAAGCAAACCCUGGGGUCCGGAGGAGAGAAAGCUACAGAUCCCUCUAUGCUGUCUGAAGUCUGCUCCCAGCAAGAUAAAUUCACUUCCAGGGAUCAGGAGACAUCAGCCUGCUUGUUGGACAGUGAAUCCUACUGCACCCUGGAGGAGGAAGGAACAGAUCCCCUACCUUCUCAGGCGCCUGGACACCAUGACCUGGAGUCCUCCUAUGUGGAUCCUAGCAAUUCUCCUGACUGGCUUCGGAUCCGGACUCUCCUGCAGCAGCUGCCUCCACAAGACAGUGAUGAACGGUAUUGUUCAAUGCUUGGGGAACAAGAGAGAUUCCAGCUUCGGCUGUUCAGUGCCCAUCGGAGACAGGAGGCCCUGGGUCAGGGGGUCAUUCGAUUGGUGCCCUCUAGGUUUGAAGGGUAUAUGUGUGAGAAGUGUGGUGCAAAUCUGAAACCAGGUGAGCCUGGGGUGUUUGCAGCUAGAGCAGGGGAGAGGAGUUGCUGGCAUCCUGGCUGCUUCACCUGUCAGACCUGUAGCCAGGCCCUCCUAGACCUGAUCUAUUUCUACCACAAGGGGCAUCUGUACUGUGGCAGGCACCAUGCGGAGCUGCUCAGACCUCGCUGCCCUGCCUGUGACCAACUCAUCUUCUCUGGCAGGUGCACAGAGGCUGCAGGGAGACGCUGGCAUGAAGAUCAUUUCUGCUGCUUAGAUUGUACAAGACCUCUGAGCUCUGGGCAGUAUGCUCUGCCUGGCAGUGGUCCCUGCUGCCCCAGAUGCUUUGAAAAUCGACUUCAUUCUGAUCCCAACUCCAGCCAGCCUGUAGAAGAGACCUUUGCCUCCCAGAGCAAAGAUCCUACUGCUGUCUGCUCCAGUUCCUGCCAUGAAAACAGGAUGGAGCAGCCUAGAGAUGGCCCUGAGAAAGAUGAGAUUCCCCAGAGCUUCCUAAACAGUGCUGAGAUCCUUGAGAAGAGCCCCGAAGAGAGAAGACCGAGUUGCUCUUUGAGGACCCCAUGUUCAGGGGAAGAUGGACCCUGCCCCACUUGCUCUUCCUCUUCGGACUCUGAGCCUGAUGGCUUUUUUCUGGGACAGCCUUUACCCCAGCCUGGGGAUGGGAGCCCGGCUGAUCCUGGCAGUUUCCACCUACAUGCUGGGGGCAGAGCCCCAGGGAGACAGUGUAGGGUCUGCUAGAAUUCUGCCCUCCUCACCCUUACUACUACUGCCUCAGAUGUAGGUGGUGAGGAAGUGUGAACCUGAGCCUCUGUCCCAGACAGAAGACUCCCCCCCUCUAGAAAAUGGAGCCUGGAGUCCUCAGUGAAGGAGGUUGCAACCAAGGACACUGACAUUUCAGCAGUGAGCAGGGGUUCAGGUCCCAAGCCUGGGGGUGGGAGUGAGUGGAUAGGACUCUGCUGUGGGGUGAAGAUACCCAACUUCCUGACUAGCAUAUACUUUUUCUUCAUCUUCAAAUAGGUCCAGUCUUUUGGGACUAUCUCAGCUCCAUGUUUGCCAGGCCAGAUAGAGCUAGUACUAGCCUUGCAUUGACAGCUGUCCUCAGGUCAACCACAUCUUCAGUGAAAGCUCAGUUAGUUCUGAAACCUGGGGGGGUCAGUUAACAAGUAUUUAUUAACCUUGAAUGAAGGCACUGUGCCAGGUACCAAGCAGGCACUUAAUAAGUGCUUUUUGACUGACUGGCUGGUGUGCUGACACAAUGGUGUAAAUAAAACUGACCAUGUGACUUUGAACAAA